UCAUGAAUACUGAGGAGUGUACGAGGAGUAGGAUAACGUCGCCGCUAUAGCCGAGGUGGCUCCAAUUUCUAAACUAGAGUUCCUUUUCGUUCGGUUGAUCGUGGACUGCAUCAGAGGACGGCUUCGCCAUGACGGACAGUAAGGUCAGUUCGUGGAAACAACGCGGGAAACAAGCGUGCUAUCUGCUUACCCAUGCUUCCAUUCUGGGAGUAUACGUUUUCACGAUAUAUUAUGCGCUGGUGCAUCUUCAUAUACCUGAGAGAACUUCAGCUUCACAAUUCGAACCUGGCCAAUUCAAGUAUCUCACCUUCUGGGACUUGGCCGUUAGACGAAUCUAAGAUCACAAAUAUGGACUCUACAAAAGUGAAGAACAAAACGCGGGACACCCUGCUGACAGGAAUGCACGCGAUUGCCUUCGCGCAAUUUGCAUUCGCGGUCUAUUACGAUUACACCUAUACAGCCAUUCCUCGACAUAUCGCCAGGAUGCACAGUGCCUUUGGCGGCAAAUUCAAAUUUCUCACGUUCUGGAACGCGAUCUUACAAGCUGUUUUCUUUUUCGUUUGCUUGCUAAACGAUUUUGGUGGAAGCAAUGAGUUAUGUCCGGCAAAACGGCCAAUUUUACGCCGUGUUAAAGACUUCUUUCAUGCCAGUCUUGGAUUCCCAGUUGCAAUGUUUGUCGGUGUGACUUUCUGGGCACUCAUGGCCGUGGACCGUGAGCUAGUACUACCUGCUGCUAUAGACGCUUAUUUUCCUUGGUGGUUAAAUCAUCUGAUGCACACUCUGAUCAUGGUCACUACUUUACUUGAAAUGAUUAUCGCUCCCCGCCAGUACCCUAAACGAUUAUCUGGUCUUGGAGGCCUACUUCUAUUUAUGGCUGCGUACUUGGUGUGGCUGCUCAUUAUUUAUGCAGUGAGCGAAAUCUGGGUGUAUCCUGUCAUGGAGGUUCUGUCAUGGCCACUACGGAUUGUUUUUUUCCUCGUACUUUUCCUGUUUACUGCGAUUCUGUACAUCUUGGGAGAGUACUUGGAUCGGCUCAUCUGGGGACGGGCUAAGAAAUCUGUAGGUAAGAGUGCCAAGAAGAAGAAAUCAAAAUGAAGUGUCAAUCUGUUGGUAUUACAUAGUUCUGUGGCUGUUACCAAUGCAUAAAUUUUGAUAUAUUUUUGUUUAAUCUUUGAUCCAUAUCAUUAAAAGAUUUGUAAUUGUCCUUCCCGCAUUUUUCGUAACGGUGCAUUUGUUAUUACUGUAACAUGUCAUCACGUUUACGUCAUGAUGUAAAAUUCAUUAUAAAACAAUCGUUGAUAAUAUAACUAAGCAAUAAUGAUAAAUAUAGUUAUUAUAUAGAACAGUUAUUGCAGCAAUCAGAUCUGAUCAUGAGGCAAUUUGUUACAAUUUGUAAAAAUAAAUGAAGAUUGUUAAAUUGAUGAAUGAGCUAUUUUAUAGUACGUCGAGUUUUGUUUGAUUGUGAGAUCUAGUAAGAAAUGUAGUACUUCGUUUACUUACUCAAAAAGGAACAAGAACGUUGUUGCCUUAAAGUAUUUUAAUGUUUACUGAAAUGUGUUCAUUAUCAAUGUUUACAUUCAUUUCUUGUGCAAUAGUGCUUUAUUAGUAGUAGGGCUUACCUAUCUGUGGUUUUACUGUAAAUUACUAUCCAUUGAAAGUGAAAGUAUAAGUUUUCUUUAGCUUCAAGCAAUAUGAUUUUAGGUGCACCAUAAUAUUGCAUUGCAACUACAAUAGCAACUGUAUUUAUCCUAAAUAUUUCACACAGGCUCAUUUUAGAUAAUACUAUACUCGAGUAAUUCAUUGUUAGGAAUUGUGUGAGACAUUGAAUAAUACACAACAUGGUGGGUGGUUUUUUGCACUUUAUUAUUGUAAACGGAAAAAAUUGAACAUGACAUUAUAAUAGUAGCCAUGCUAAGUAUAAUAAAACUUAAUACU